CCUUCAUAGUGGUUGCCUUUUAGAUGUCAGUUUUCCAAUAAGAUCACAUUAUGCACAGCUUUUGUCUGCUUUAUUACAAUUUGAUAAAAUAAAGUUUUAUAAAUAUUUUCAGUGAAUUUUAUAUAUUGACAUAUGGAUAAAUCUUAAGCUAUAUGUGUGUAACUUCAAUAUUCUUGAUGAAACGUUGCAUGUCUUGCAACUUUUUGGGGGGUUAAGUAACUUUAAAAUAAGCUUUUAGGUAUGAACUUCAGAUGGGGUCAGCGCAGCUGCGAGCUCUCUCUCCCGAGGCCCGCCAGUCACAAGGUCCCGCUGUUACCCUCUUCUGCCCCACUUCUCUGGGCGUUCCUUCGGGAUCGCUGGAGUACACCGCGCCACAGUCUCUUCUCUCCCGUCAUCACGGCGUAUUAAUGUCCUACCGUAGCGCUCCGCGGUCGCCAUGCAGAACAAUCACAAGGAGCACCUCUAUAAGAUCCUGGUAAUAGGGGACCUGGGGGUGGGCAAGACUAGCAUCAUCAAGCGCUAUGUUCACCAGAACUUCAGCCCAAACUACCGAGCCACAAUAGGAGUGGACUUCGCCCUGAAGGUCCUUAACUGGGARCAUGAAACAGUACGGCUACAGCUAUGGGACAUAGCAGGUCAGGAGCGGUUUGGGAACAUGACCCGGGUCUACUACCGUGAGGCCAUGGGGGCGUUCAUCGUGUUUGACAUGACACGGCCUUCCUCCUUCGAGGCCGUCACCAAGUGGAAGGAGGACCUGGACUCUAAACUCACACUGGCCAAUGGGAAAAAUGUGGCNNAUGUGCUAUUGGCUAUAGUGCGACAGGGGCAGGACGUGCUGACCAACAAUGGGAUUCAAUUGGAAUUCUGUCAGGAGAACGUUGUGGGAUGGUACGAGACCUCUGCCAAG